CCGGUGACAAUACUCCUCAAAAAUGGUAAGAGGGGUAUUUUUACUCUUCUGGAAAAAUGUAGUGCAACCUCCAACUGUUGUGAAGCCACACGUGCCCGCCAUUAGAUUCCCUGAUAGAAAGAACAGUCCAAAACCUAAUGUGCAAGAAGCCUUGAAGUCUAUGAUCUACCCAUUUACUGCACCUCCAGUAACCGUACAUCAAGCCACCAGUGAAAACCCUCCUGGAGCUCCACGUUCUACACCCGUCCGUAAAGCACAUGGUUCCCCAGACACAAGUGAACUGCUGAGGUCGCUUCCUCAGAAAUACCGGAGAAAAGCUGUGUCUGCUGAAGAGAUGGACUAUAUACAACGUGGAGGUCCUGAAUGAGACGUCGGCAUCCCCAGCCACUACCAGUAUACAGCAAUUUUUUCAGCACUUACCUAGAUCUGUUGUAAUUCUACAAAAUUGUAAAUGAGUUGAUUUAAUAAAGGAAAGAAAGUCUGACAUGGAAGCUUUCAACCUCUGUAUUCACUUUAUAUCGACAAGAGCUUAUUCCCUAGAGGAAGCAUGUGGAGGACAGUAUAUACGUACAUUUUGUAUGGAUAUAAUUCUGAAAUUAAAUGGAAUUGUUUUUU